CUCGCGCCCGGUUCCGCGGUCGCAGCUCGAGCCGCAGCCUUCGCGCCGUCGCCUCAGCCCCUCGCUUCGUGGGUCGGUCCUUCCGGCACACGGGCUCCAGCCGCGCCCGCAGCCGCCCUCCGAGCCCUUCAGGCCGCCCUGGUCUCCUCGCCCGGCCCGACCCAGCCCGUGAAGAUGGUGGACCGCGAGCAACUGGUGCAGAAAGCCCGGCUGGCGGAGCAGGCGGAGCGCUACGACGACAUGGCCGCGGCCAUGAAGAACGUGACAGAGCUGAAUGAGCCACUGUCCAAUGAAGAAAGAAACCUUCUCUCUGUGGCCUACAAGAAUGUAGUUGGGGCACGCCGUUCUUCUUGGAGGGUCAUCAGUAGCAUUGAGCAGAAGACAUCUGCAGAUGGUAAUGAGAAGAAGAUAGAGAUGGUCCGUGCUUACCGUGAAAAAAUAGAGAAGGAAUUGGAGGCCGUAUGUCAGGAUGUGCUGAGCCUGCUGGAUAACUACCUGAUCAAAAAUUGCAGUGAGACCCAGUAUGAGAGCAAAGUGUUUUAUCUGAAGAUGAAAGGGGACUAUUACCGCUACCUGGCUGAAGUCGCCACUGGAGAGAAGAGGGCGACCGUCAUGGAGUCAUCUGAGAAGGCCUACAGCGAAGCCCAUGAGAUUAGCAAGGAGCACAUGCAGCCCACUCACCCCAUUAGAUUAGGCCUGGCCCUUAACUACUCCAUUUUCUACUAUGAGAUCCAGAACGCCCCAGAGCAAGCCUGCCACUUGGCCAAGACCGCUUUUGAUGACGCCAUUGCUGAGCUCGACACUCUCAACGAGGACUCCUACAAGGACUCCACGCUCAUCAUGCAGCUCCUCCGAGACAACCUCACGCUCUGGACAAGCGAUCAGCAAGACGACGACGGUGGAGAAGGCAACAAUUAAGGCCCCCAGGUGGACUGGCAGCACACGCUGAUGCUACUACUGCAGUCUUUAUUUUUUUCCCAUGAGUUGGGGGUCAGGUGGGGGAGGGAAAGGGAGCGAUGACCUUCCUAGGGAGAAACCCACGACCUGUCCUGUCUUUGAUCGCCUCUUUGACAUUUUUGCCAAAAUACCACUAGUGGAAAGUCAGGCUAGCUGUGCUGGUAUUGGAAUAGCAGCCUCACACUGGCAUAUGGACUGUUCUGUAGAUUAAUGCAAGUGGAGCUGUCCUUAAUUUAACUUAUUGCUAGAAAAUAGGGUUUUAAGAUGAAAAGAAAACUUAAACGGAAUAGCCCUCAUUCAAUAAGUUCUGUGGUUCCAGUAAGGAUUUUUAUGUACAUAUGCUCUUGUCUUUUAAGUUCUGGGUACUUUCUAGCUCAUCCGUUUUAGCUGUGCAUUUUGUUUUUCAGGGUGUACUCUACCAGACAUGGAAUAGUUAAAAUCCCAAACUGAUAGACUUAGAACAUAAGGUAUAUUUAUCCUUGUGGUUUAGGCCUUGCCAGUUUUCAGAAGUUUCUGAUUAGUUGACAGUAUUAACACUAAAUUGCAGUUUACAGUAUUUCUACAUUACAGCCAUAUGUGACAUCAA